CAAAAGAGACUUUAUCAAAAAAAGAAACAAAAGAAAAAUCUUUUUCUGGACUAUUUCAUUCUCUGCACAGAUAGUUGCUCACAAGCAAGCCUUGGAGCCACAGAUAGAAGCAGAAGAGUUCUCAUGGAAUGGAAGCCGUAAGCUGCUCGACUAUGUCCCUUCACGCUUUCCCUUCAAACUCUUUCGCCUCCACCCCCAUCAAUGGUAACUACCCAACUUUCAAACCCAAACCAGCGUCAGCCAUUGUCGGAACUCGAGCUCCUUCAACCGAGCACCGCCGCAAGAAACCUUCACCCAAAUCCAAAAAGCCGCGGACUUUCACCGAGAAGGACGCAUUUCCUGAGUCUCUGCCACUCCACAGCAAGAACCCACAUGCCAUCUACGAGGACAUUCAGAGAUUCGCCAGGCAGAACAAGCUCGACCAGGUCUUCACCAUCUUGGACUACUUGAACCAGCAAGGUAUCCCUGUUAACCCCACCACUUUCUCUUCCAUUGUCGCCGCUUGUGUCCGUACGAAGUCCUUAGCUCAAGGGAAGAAGAUCCAUGCGCAUAUUCGGAUGAAUGGGCUGGAAAGCAACGAGUUUUUGCGCACGAAACUCGUCCAUAUGUAUACUUCUUGCGGUGCCUUCGAAGAUGCCCAGAUGGUGUUCGGCGAAUGUUCUAGCGGGAGUGUGUACCCAUGGAAUGCAUUGCUUAGAGGCUCUGUAAUUGCGGGUGGGCGUAGAUACCGUGAUGUUCUUAGUACAUAUUCGGAAAUGCGUGCAUUGGGGAUUGAGUUGAAUGUUUAUACUUUCUCCAAUGUCAUCAAGAGCUUUGCUGGUGCAUCAGCGUUUGCACAAGGUUUGAAGACUCAUGCCCUUUUGAUUAAAAAUGGUUUGAUUGACAGUGCUAUUCUAAGGACUAGUUUGAUUGAUAUGUACUUUAAAUGUGGCAAGAUUAAGCUUGCUCGUCGAGUAUUUGAAGAAAUUCAGGAGAGAGAUAUUGUAGUUUGGGGAGUGAUGAUUGCGGGUUUUGCACACAACAGGCUGCAUACAGAAGCUUUAGAGUAUGUAAGGAGGAUGAUAGAUGAAGGGUUGAGGCCAAAUUCCGUUAUCUUGACUACCAUUCUUCCUAUAAUUGGGGAAGUUUGGUCCCAUAAACUAGGCAGGGAGGUCCAUGCUUGUGUGUUAAAGACAAAAAGUUAUUCAAAGCAAAUAUUCAUUCAGUCUGCCUUGAUUGAUAUGUAUUGCAAGUGUGGAGACAUGGAAUCAGGAAGACGGGUUUUUUAUCGCUCAAAGGAGAGGAAUGCUAUUUGUUGGACUGCUUUGAUUUCGGGUUAUGUUACAAAUGGGAGGCUCGAGCAGGCACUGAGAUCAAUCAUUUGGAUGCAGCAGGAAGGGUUUGUGCCUGAUGUUGUCACGGUUGCCACUGUGCUUCCAGUUUGUGCAGAAUUGAGAGCUUUAAAGCGAGGGAAAGAGAUUCAUGCUUAUUCUGUGAAGAAUUGUUUCUUGCCCAAUGUAUCUGUAGUUUCUUCCUUGAUGAUAAUGUACUCAAAGUGUGGCAUCUUGAACUAUAGUAUAAAACUGUUUGAAGGUUUGGAGAAGAGGAAUGUGAUUCUAUGGACAGCUAUGAUUGAUUCAUAUGUUGAUAAUGGUUGUCUACACGAGGCACUCAGUGUGAUUAGAUCAAUGCUCUUAUCAAAGCACAGGCCAGAUACGGUUGCAAUGGCCAGGAUGCUGAGUGUUUGUUGUGAACUAAAAAAUUUGAAGCUUGGGAAGGAGAUUCACGGACAAGCCUUGAAGAAAGAUUUUGACUCUGUCCAUUUUGUUUCAGCUGAAAUUAUGAAAAUGUAUGGGAGUUGUGGAGUACUUGAUAUUGCAAACUUGGUUUUUGAGAAUAUCCCCAUCAAAGGUUCAAUGACAUGGACAGCAAUAAUAGAGGCUUAUAGAUAUAACGGCCUGUAUCAAGAUGCUAUUGAUCUUUUUGAUCAGAUGGCAUCUAAAGGUUUUACACCAAACCCUUUCACUUUCGAAGUAGUUUUAUCUAUAUGUGACCAAGCUGGACUUGUUGAUGAAGCUUGCCAGAUCUUCAAUUUGAUGUCUCGUAAAUAUAAAAUUAAGGCAUCUAAAGAACAAUACACUAUGAUGAUAGGACUUCUUACACGCUUUGGUCGCGUUGACGAGGCUCAAAGAUUUAUACAGAUGAGUUCUUUAUCUUAAUUGUGAUCUUGGAACCCUGAAUCUAGUGUAAAGUUUAUUAAGUACACUCCAUAAUCUUCUUUGUAAGUUACUAGUGUUUUACUGAUGCACAAAUGUAUAGAAUUGUUGAAACUUGACAACAUAUUUGUCAACAAUUAUAAAAAGAGAGAAAUGAUUUUAGAAUUUUUUAAAUCAAUUUGAUCUAUCAGAUAGAAGUUCUCUGUUUGA